AUGUCUAAUAAUUAUAAUAUGCAUGGCCUUAACGCUUCUGAAUUCUUGACUAAGUCAAAUGCAGAGGCCUUUAAUUCGACAUUGACACCAGUAGCUGUGCCUCAAUCGACAGCAAACAAUAUAUCACAAGGGACUGCCUCAAACAUGAAUACUGCUGCUGUUGAUUCACUAGCAAAUGUUGCAAUUUAUAAUGAUAUUAAAAACUACGAAGAUACAUUAAUUAAGCUGGUAUCAUCAAUUGACAAUUUCAGACCGGAUGUUGAAGUAGCAAAAACCUUAAUAGAAGUUGAUAAACGAUUAUACAAAAAUUUAGGAUCCUUCAAGGAAUAUGAUGAAAUAGAUACGAAAAUUAGUAAAAUCAAAGAUGACUCAGAAAAAUUAGAUCUACAAACAAAACACAUAUUAGAUAUAUUAAAUGAUUCGAGAAAUAUGUUGAAUUCAUUACCAAUGUUAGAGGAAAUAUAUUUUGAAAGAGAUGUCAUGCAUGAAAAACAGAAAAAAAUAAAUUCAAAAAUACUCUUGGAUUAUGCAACAAAAAUCUCUAAAUUCACAAAAAUACCACCAACAUUUAAUAAAGGGAGCAUAGGACCCAAUAAUUUUAUUUGGCCCGCAGAAGAUGCUCUAAGAAGAGGAAUGUUAGCUGUCGCUUCCAUUCACAGAAGCGAGUUAACAAAAUUGCCUAAUGAUACAAGCUAUGAUAGUGACAAAGAACUAGAGGAACAACAAGAACAAGAACAACACGGAACUGAGAAUACAAGAGAGGCUGAUGUUGAACAGGAACAAGAAGAAUCAUUCGUAUUCGAUGGUAAACAUAAAAAUGAAGAAAAGACGGAAAAUUCAAAUGAGGCCAAUUCUAAUGAUGACAAUGAAAAUGACAACAUGGAUCUAGAUUUAGAACUAUUUAAUCCAGACGAAUUUUAG